UAUUUUACUUUUAACAAUGGGUGACAUUGUCCGUGGCGAAGCUUCUGAAUCCGAUGAGGAAAUCACUGGAAUAAAUUUAAAUAGAAAGAAUAUUUUGGCCGCUGAACUUCCUGGAGAAGCUUCGGAAACAUCCUCAGAUGAAGAUGUAUACGACAAAAGUUUAGAACCCAACGAAGAGUCGAAAAACGUAGACAGCAUCUACUGCAACAAUUUGUUACAGCGAAAAUUAAUUGACAAUAAUUUAAACAUAUGGCGCAGCCUGAAUACAUUUACAAAAAGCCUUGUCAUUCCUUCAUCGAAACAACUCUUAACAACUGAUCAACUUUUAAUAAAAUCUCAAAUUGCCAUGCAAUCAGUAUUGGUAAUAUUGAAUCAAACGCAAAGUAGCAUGAAGAAAUUGCACGAGAAAAGCAAUGACAUAUUCACGGCCAAUUUUAUUCCAAACAUAAAUAUUUCAACAAAGAAACAGUAAACUUAAAAAAGCAAUGCCAGGAGCACGAAUCUAAAUAAAAAGAUCUUUCUCCAUUUUUUAUGAAAUAAAACUACAUAUCUAAAAUGUA